AUGUACAUUGGCUCGGUGGAGCCGACAAAGGACAAUCUCUGGAUGGUGUCUACGGAUCCUGAAGCGCUAGGAGACGUAGAAAUCGUGCGGAUGAAACAGCAGACGGUCGAGUACGUUCCUGCGUUGUACAAGAUUUUCGACGAGAUCAUCGUGAAUGCAGUGGACAACAAAGUUCGCGACCCGUCCAUGCGACGUCUUGAUGUCGUGAUCGAUCCUGGCAACAAAGAGAAUGGCUACAAGUCGUGGAUCUCAGUCUACAAUGAUGGCAAAGGGAUUCCAGUGGAAUUCCACAAGACGGAGCAGGUCUAUGUGCCGGAAUUAGUACUGGGCCAUUUACUGACAGGAUCCAACUUUGACGAUACGAGCGCGCGACUUACGGGUGGACGCCAUGGAUAUGGCGCCAAGUUGACAAACAUCUUUAGCAACGAGUUUGUCGUCGAGACAGGCGAUGCGUCCAUGGGGUUGCAAUACAAACAGAGCUGGAACAACAAUAUGCGCAGUCGCGGGGAACCGGAGAUUACAGAGUUUACAGGCAAGCAGGCAAAGGAUUUCACAAAAGUAUCGUUUUCGCCCGAUCUGGAAAAAUUCGAGAUGGAGAAACUCAGUGCAAGCAUGAUGCGUGUACUGACGAAACGGGUGUACGAUGUGGCUGGUUGCUUGACAGACGUGGAAGUAACGCUAAAUGGCAAGAAGGUGCCUAUUUCCGGCUUCGAGUCUUACAUCCAGGCUUUUUGUCAGUCCACUACGGCAUCGCUGACUUCCAAGACCAACAAGGGAGGUAGUGUGGUGAACAGUAGCGGGGAUGCACCUUCGUCAGGUCCGAACCACAUCUAUUCCCGUGUGAACAAGCAUUGGGAAAUCGGCGUGCUGCCGUCUGACGUAGGCUUUGUUCAAGUUAGCUUUGUCAAUGGUAUGUCGGCACUUCGUGGCGGUUCCCACGUUGGUUACGUCAGUGAUCAAAUUUGUCGCCGUGUUGUGGAGCUCGUGAACAAGAAGUACCCGGAGCUGUCUGUGAACGUGGCGCACGUAAAGCCACACGUCGCGAUCUUCAUCAACUGCCAAAUCGAGAAUCCGACGUUCGACUCACAGAUGAAAGAGUACAUGACCUCGCGGCCACAGACGUACGGGUCAUCAUGUACGCUGUCCGAAAGACUUUUGAAGCACAUACUGUCGGACUCUGGAAUUGUCGAGCGUGUCGUACAGAGCGCCCGCGCACGACAGCGAGCAGACCUCCUCAAAAAGGUGUCGUCCUCGCGCUCAAAAAGCACGUCAGUGAAUGUGCCAAAGCUCGAAGACGCUAACUUUGCUGGUGGACCUCGUUCUAGCGAAUGCUCGUUGAUCCUUACGGAAGGCGACUCAGCAAAGGCUCUAGCUGUGGCAGGUCUUGCAGUAGUUGGGCGCGACCAGUUCGGCGUUUUCCCUCUCCGAGGCAAACUGCUGAACGUACGCGACGCAUCGAUGGCUCAACUUGGUAAGAAUGCCGAGUUUGCGCACCUAUGCACGAUUCUUGGUCUUCGCAUGGACGACCAUUAUGGCACAAAGGACGCACGGCUGAAAUUGCGCUAUGGGCGUGUGAUCGUGAUGACGGACCAGGAUCAUGACGGCUCUCACAUCAAAGGCUUGCUGUUCAACUUGUUCCACACAUUUUGGCCGGAGCUGCUAGAACAAGACGGCUUUAUCAGCGAGUUCAUCACGCCUUUGGUAAAAGUGAGUCCUUCUUCCAAGCGUGCUGGUGCUAAGCAUGAGCUAGAGACUCGCCGCUUCUUCAGCCUGCCGGAAUACUUUGAAUGGAAAGCUUCGCUGGAUCGGAACAAGCUCAAGUAUUACAACAUCAAGUACUACAAAGGUCUGGGUACAAGCACUAGCAGCGAAGGACGCGAGUACUUCAGCGACCUGGACCAGCACCUCGUGGAUUUCCAUUGGAGCGGCGAGAGCGAUGGUGAUGCCUUAGACAUGGUCUUCAGCAAAGCACGUGCUGUUGAUCGCAAGGCUUGGCUUUUGAACGAAUACUCUCCCGACGCUUACCUCGAUACAAGCUCGGGACAUGUGACGUACCGUGACUUUGUCAAUCGCGAGCUCAUUCAGUUCUCGCAUGCAGAUAAUGCACGAUCACUGCCGUCGGUGGUUGAUGGGCUCAAGAUCUCGCAGCGCAAAGUGCUUUUCGCUUGUAUGAAGCGCAAGCUGACGGGUGAAGUCAAGGUGGCGCAGCUGGCAGGCUACUGCAGCGAACACACAGCUUACCAUCACGGUGAAGCUUCGUUACAUUCGACAAUUGUCAACAUGGCACAAGAUUUUGUUGGCUCGAACAACCUCCCGCUACUGUAUCCAUCCGGUCAAUUUGGUACUCGAUUGCAAGGAGGCAAGGAUGCAGCUAGUCCCCGGUACAUCUUUACGCAGCUUCAGAAGUACACUCGCUUGAUCUUUCCCGAGGAAGACGACGUGUUGCUCAGCUACGCCGAUGAUGACGGUUUUCCAGUUGAGCCCGUGUACUACGUUCCCAUCCUUCCAAUGCUGCUUGUGAACGGCGCAGAGGGCAUUGGUACGGGUUGGUCGUCGUCUAUUCCUCGUCACCACCCGGUACAAGUGAUUGACAACUUGAUGAAGCUCCUCGAUGCAGAAGAAGUCGGCGAGGAUGUGUCAAAGGUCGAGUUAGCACCGAUGACUCCGUGGGCCAAAGGCUUUAGCGGCGACAUUCGUCAGACUGGCGAGCACUCGUUUGUCUCACGUGGUAGCGUGCAACAGGUGAAUACGUCGACGCUACGGGUGACUGAGCUGCCACUGAGCAAGUGGGUAGAGGACUACAAGAAGUUCUUGUGGGACCUUGUAGGCAAGAAAGCCAUUCGAUCGUUCUCUGAGCAUCACACGGACCGGAAUGUGCGUUUUGACAUCUCGAUGGCUCGCUCGGACCUUGCCAAGUACGCCAGCGACGCAGCAGCUUCCGACGAAGCCACUGGCAUCGACGCUGGGGACAGCGAAGCACUGGUCAAACUGCUGCGUCUGGAAUCGCCGCUGAGUAUCAGCAACAUGCACGCGUUCAAUGCUGAUGGUCAGCUGAUCAAGUACGAGACGAGCGGCGACAUGUUGCGCGACUUUUACGGUGUCCGGCGCGAGCUGUACGCCAAGCGGAAGCAGUAUCUAGAGCAGCAGCAACAGAAAGAGCUGGUGUACCUGAGCAAUCGCAUCCGCUUUGUCCGAGAGGUCUCGUCCGGCAGUCUGCAGCAGAUUGUCCGAGAGCGGUUGCCAAAAGCUGCGCUCGUUGCACUGCUAAAGGAGCACGGAUUUUCGCCAGCAUCGUCUUUUCGAACGACAGGCGUCGACGACAUGGGUGCGCUCGAGGUCAUGCCACUCGAUCGUGCGUUCGAUGACGCAGCAGCAAUGGACGACGACUGCAAUGAAGGCGAACACGAUUACGACUAUCUGCUCAACACGUCCCUCGUGAGCUUUACAAAGGAAGUGGCCGAUCGUUUGCAGCACGAACACGCGACGAAACAAGUGCGAUUGCACGAACUGCAGACCACGACGCCGACUCAGAUGUGGCGCAAGGAACUCGAUCGACUACGAGCGCUUUUGCUGCGGGAGACGGCGUUUCAAGCGUCAGCAGUAAGUAGGUCCGACGCAUCGUGA